AUGGGCAACGCCGGGAGUGCGCCGGACCAGGCCAAGAACUCGGUGGAUGGGGCCGGCGCUGCCGACGCGGGGGCCCGCCGCGGACCGCCGUCGACUGUGCGUUUCUUUCCCGAUGCGGAGCGCCACAAGGCACGGCAGCCGCCAUCGAUAAAGCUCGAGGAGGAGGAGGGCGUCCCGCCGCCGCCCACCACCGAGGAGGAGAUGGCCCCGCGCAACCUCUGGCAGGUGUAUGCACUUGGGGCGUUCAUUGUGUUGAGAUGGGCCUGGGCUAAGUGGAAGGAGAACCAGGACAGAGAGGACUCACCAGAUGGUCGCGAUGGGGAUGCACCGGACAGAUCGACUUAA